AAUUCCAAGUAUUUAGUCUUUUUUUCCUGUUAAAACUUAUAAACAGUUAUAAUAAUAUUAUCUAUUUGUUUGUAUUUGAUGGAUACACGUUUUUUUGAAUUGCGGUGUGGAUAUAAGGCAUAUGAGUGGGGAAGAAUAGGACAUACAAGUUGUAUUGCAAAAUAUCUUUUAUCAGCAGAACCACAUAGAGUUAUAGACGACAAUGAGCAUUAUUCAGAGUUAUGGAUGGGUGUUCAUCCUGCUUCUCCGUCUUUUGUUUGUUUAUCUACAGAAUGUAAUUCAGAGAAGAUAGUAUUUCUACAAACGCUCUUGGAUGCAGAUGAACGGCUUGUAUCUUAUGAAGUAGCACAGGUUUAUGGCAGAACGUUACCUUUUUUAUUUAAAGUUCUGUCGGUGCGUACAGCCUUAUCAAUUCAAGCACAUCCAGAUAAAAGACUUGCAGAGAUACUACAUUAUCAAUAUCCUGAACGCUAUCCAGGUAUAUACACAUAGAAGUGCUUGAUUUAUGUUGAUUUCUUGUUGAUGCAAACCAUAAACCUGAGAUGGCGAUUGCUCUGACACCAUUUGAGGCCCUAUGUGGAUUUAGACCAAUAGAUGAAAUUAUUUCGUUUGUUAUGAAAGUUCGUGGAUUUCGGAGGCUUUUAGGUAGUGUAGCAGAUGUAUUUGUCCAUGAAGAACAGGCACGUCAGAGAAAAUAUGAAAAAUCGAUAAAUUAUGAAUGCACAGAAUCAUUGCAAAGCCAAAAGGCAUUGCAGACACUCUUGCAUACACUGUUGAUACAACCUACAGAGCAUGUUGAAGCAUGUGUAAAACAAUUGCUUUUAGAUAUACAUGAAAGGGCACAAGAUGAGGAAAAUAUAUAUAAGGAUCUAUAUGAAGUGAUUUUGCGUUUGAAUGAUCAAUUUCCUGGGGACAUAGGAAUAUUUUGCGUUUUUUUGUUGAAUCAUGUGCGAUUGAUGCCAGGAGAAGGAAUCUUUUUAAAAGCAAAUACUCCACAUGCGUAUUUAUGCGGAGAAGCUAUUGAGUGUAUGUCUUCAAGUGAUAAUGUAGUUCGUGCAGGAUUGACACCUAAAUUUAAAGAUGUUGAAACUCUUGUGUCGAUGUUAACAUAUAAAUGUGCAUCAGCAUCAGAACAAAAGAUGGCACCUGUUCGUUUUGACCGAACUGUUGGUGAUGGUGAAGUGUAUUUCUUUAAACCACCGAUCAAUGAGUUUAAUGUUCUUCAAAUUCGUCUCAAAAAAGGCAAUAUACAAACUAUAGAAGGUCUGAAAGGCCCAAGUAUCAUGAUAUGUACACAGGGCGAUGGAACAGUUGUUGCAGAAGAAAAAUUAUAUUCUAUACGUACUGGACUUGUGUUUUUUGUUGGUGCUUUUGUUGAAACAGUGUUUACAGCAAACAGCGAUUCAUUUAUUAUUUAUCGUGCUUUCGUUGAGGUCUGA